GUUAGGAUGAUGUGGAAUCGUUUUUAAUAAGUAUAUACACGAAUUAAAUUCGAAUAUAAAGUUCAUGUUUUUACUUGUAUGUUUUUCAGCAAAAACAGCUCGAUCUUCAGAAAGAAGCUGAACAGCAUGAAUUAGAUGGUGAAGUCAACAAAAAAACAUCACAGGAUACAGUAAACGAGGAACAUAGUUUUAGUGUUGACAGUUUAAAACAAACGGAACACGUUAAGGACAGAAGCACUACACCACAAUCUGCGCAUACAGAUGGUGUAUCCAUUGUACCAGUACCAGAGUGUGCACAUAUGAACGAGUUAUCUAUUGCGCCCUCACAAGAGAGACAAUUGUCAAAUCAGGAGUAUAUGGAAAAUCUGUGGAGACAGAAACUAGAAAAGAUUACCCCGGUAGAAAAAAGAAGUAACAUUUACAAUGAAGCACCUUUGACUGACACUACAAACUCACAGAUGGCUCGCAACACUGAUAUGAUGCAUGGAACACCUUUGACUGACACUUCAAACUCACAGAUGGUUCGCAACACUGAUAUGAUGCAUGGAACACCUUUGGCUGACACUACAAACUCACAGAUGGUUCUCAACACUAAUAUGAUGCAUGGAACACCUUUGGCUGACAUUAGAAAUCCACAGAUGGUUCGCAACACUGAUAUGAUACAUGUAACACCUUUGGCUGACACUAGAAACUCACAGAUGGUUCGCAACACUGAUAUGAUGCACGGAACACCUUUGGCUGACAUUACACACUCACAGAUGGUUCGCAACACUGAUAUGAUGCAUGGAACACCUUUGGCUGACAUUACAAACUCACAGAUGGCUCGCAACACUAAUAUGAUGCAUGGAACACCUUUGGCUGACAUUACAAACUCACAGAUGGUUCGCAACACUGAUAUGAUGCAGACUGAAGUAAGCCCGUAUUACCGGGAAAUAUAUGCUAAAAGAUUUUUAGCCAAUGCAAUGCAGACCAAUUCAAACAAACGGAGAUAUUCUGAUUCCAAUAUUUACACUGAGAACAGAGAAGCAUGGGAUAGGGAUUUGUAUCCUGUUGAGUUGUUUCCUAGGAAGCCACAAGUGAUGGAAAUGCAAACAUUUAAUCCAAAUAUUAAUGACACAAUAGAUUUUAGACCAAAUUCAGCACUUAGCGCAGGAACAAAUGUAUUUCUGUCAGGGUAUUGGAAGAAGGGGAUAAUAAUGGACAUUCAGAUGGAUGAUUCUAAAGGGAGAGUGUACACAGUGAAAGACCUUGAGAACAAUAAAAUCCACUGUUUAUCGAAAUACUUAAUUCGUCCUAAUUUGCUGUAUUAAAUAUUCAUUCAUUGCAUAUUGCAUGAAUUUAUGCACUCAAAUUGAAAUUGUUUUAUUUUUUCUACCUACUUAUAGUCACUUUGCUAAAAUCUUUAUUUUAUUGAAGAAGUUUAAAUAUAUAAGAAGAUGUGGUAUGAGUGCGAAUGACAUAACUGUCAAUCCAAGCUGCAAUGUGUAAAGUAAACCAUUUCAAGUUAAAAUACGGCCUUCAACACAGAGCAUAUGUUCACUCAGAACAGCAAUAACUCGUGUUAAACAAUUCAAACGGAAAAACCUACAGUUUUGUAUUUAUAUAAAACAUAUUUAGCUUUCUAAUCAUUG